AUGGAAGAAAGACACCAUCUUGUUCAAAUCAACACUCUUUUACCAUCAUCUUCUUGCAGUUCUUCAACCAAAGGUCCAAAAAGCAAAGCAUCAUUAGAUGUAUUACACAAACAUGGUCCAUGUUCCCAACUGAAUAAUAAUGGAAAAGCAAAUUCUAUUCCAACACAUAGUGAUAUUCUAAAUCAUGACAAAAAAAGAAUAAACUAUAUUCACUCAAAGCUAUUAUCAUCAUCCAAUAAUAAUGACAAUAAAAUGAAGGAAAUAGAAUUGGAUUCUUCUUCAGCUAAUUUACCAGCUAAAUCUGGUAGCUUAAUUGGAUCAGGAAAUUAUUAUGUAGUUGUUGGGCUUGGUACUCCUAAAAAAGAUUUAUCACUUAUUUUUGAUACUGAUUGUACUCAACUCUCUUCAGCUACAGGAAAUGAUCCAGGUUGUGCUUCAUUGACAAAAGCAUGUGUGUAUGGGAUCCAGUAUGGCGAUCAAUCUUUCUCGGUCGGAUAUUUCAGCCGCGAACGGCUUAGUGUAACGUCGACUGAUGCAGUCGACGAAUUUUUAUUCGGGUGUGGACAGGACAACCAAGGCCUAUUCGGCGGGUCGGCCGGUCUAUUAGGCCUUGGUCGUCAUCCGAUAUCUUUUGUCCAACAAACUUCUGCGAAAUACUAUAAAAGAUUCUCUUAUUGUCUUCCCUCCACUUCUAGCGCGGUUGGCCACCUCACAUUCGGCGCCACCGGUAACAAGUACGUAAAAUACACUCCUUUCUCUACCGUCUCUCGUAGCGGAUCCUUCUACGGCCUCGAGAUUGCUGGAAUCAGCGUCGGUGGAACCAAGCUUCCAAUCUCGUCCUCUCUUUUCACCUCCGGUGGCGCCAUUAUCGACUCUGGCACCGUCAUUACUCGCCUGCCGCCUACCGUCUACGCCAGCCUCCGCGAUUACUUUCGCAAAGGCAUGGCGAGGUAUCCGAACGCAUCAGCUAUUUCGAUUUUGGACACAUGCUAUGAUCUUAGUGGGACCAAGAUUGUGUCUGUUCCGAAGGUUAAUUUUUUCCUCGCCGGUGGUAACACGGUGGAAAUCGCGGCGCCAGGGAUACUCUACGUGGUGAGUUUGAAGCAAGUUUGUUUGGCGUUUGCGCCCAAUGGUGAUGAUAGUGAUAUUACUAUCUUUGGAAAUGUGCAACAAAGGACACUAGAGGUUGUUUAUGAUGUUGGUGCUGGUAAGAUUGGGUUUGGUUACAAUGGUUGCAAGUGA